UUGAGAGAUCCAGGGCCCGCCCGGCCCAGAGUAUCGCCUUCAAGCAGCCGACCCAGGAAUUGUACGCCGGUCUUGAGGCAGGUGGGGACUCUAGCCUGUAUCUGGAGUCGAUCAACAUGCUUUUCAAGGACGGUAUCAUCCAGAACCACUCGCUGUCCUUGAUUGACUCGGCACAACAGAUGUUCGUCUAUCCGGGCGGGACGUGGUACCCCAUCUUUACGGGCUGUCUCAGCGUCGGAGCACCCGAGCGGUUCCAGGUCUUCACCGGAGACGGCGCUAGCAGGCCAACCCUCAACGCAAGCAUGAUUCCCUGGGCCCUCAAGGACCAAAACAUGACGACGUCUAGCUCGUUCGGCCUGCACUACGGCUCGGCCGCAUCAGCCGCAAAAAUGACAGGAUCCCUCCUCUACGGCGGCUACGACCGCAACCGCGUUGUGGGCAAAAUGCUCUCCAUCGACGGCGACUUGUUUAAGCCCGUCACGUUGCAGGACAUCAGCAUUCUCGUGAUCCAAGGCAGCUCCCCCUUUAACAGCGCGACCGCCAUAUCGGGUCUCCUCGCCCAAGGCAAUUCCUCCAUCAGCUCGGCCGGUCUCCCCGUCAUCCUCGACCCCUGCAGCCCCUACCUAACGCUGCCAAAAUCCACCUGCGACAGCAUCGCCGCCCACCUGCCCGUCUCCUACAACGCCUCCCUCGGCCUCUACCUCUGGAACACCUCGUCCCCGCGCUACGCCCCGGUCGUCACCUCCGCCUCGACCCUGUCCUUCACCCUCAUGGGCGCGAGCAACACCGAGUCGCUCACUAUCCAUGUGCCCUUUCGCCACUUGAGCCUAAACCUUACAGCUCCAUUCACCGCCACUUUCGAACCUGUACCAUACCUUCCCUGCUUCACGGGCGGCGUCGGUGCCUACGCGCUGGGGCGUGCCUUCUUCCAAGACGCCUUCGUCGGCGCCAACUGGGAGAAGCGCAAAGUCUGGCUCGCCCAGGCGCCCGGGCCCAACAUACCCGCGGGUGUGGACGCGGUGAGCAUACAGCCCGACCAGGAUGCGGUUGUGGCCGGGGGCAACGACUAGGAGAGGUCGUGGGACGGCUUCUGGAAAGCGCUGAGUGCCGAGGAGGCGGACGGAACGGAGCCGGUUGAUACUACUAGCAUCGAUAUUACUGGGACAGGGACAGGCACCAA